GUGGAGGAGUUCCAGUGCUUGAACCGCAUUGAAGAAGGCACUUAUGGCGUCGUCUACAGAGCCAAAGACAAGAAGACGGAUGAAAUCGUGGCCCUGAAACGACUGAAGAUGGAGAAAGAGAAGGAGGGCUUUCCCAUCACCUCCCUCAGAGAGAUCAACACCAUCCUGAAGGCCCAGCACCCCAACAUCGUCACCGUCCGGGAGAUCGUCGUGGGCAGUAAUAUGGAUAAAAUCUACAUUGUGAUGAAUUACGUGGAGCAUGAUCUGAAGAGUCUAAUGGAGACCAUGAAACAGCCCUUCCUGCCCGGUGAAGUCAAAACACUGAUGAUUCAGCUGCUGAGAGGUGUCCGUCAUCUCCAUGAUAACUGGAUCCUUCAUCGUGACCUGAAGACCUCCAACCUGCUGCUGAGUCACAAAGGCAUUCUAAAGAUUGGAGACUUUGGUUUGGCUCGGUACGGCUCUCCUCUCAAGCCCUACACACCUGUGGUGGUCACACUGUGGUACCGCUCACCUGAUCUGCUGCUGGGGGCAAAGGAAUACUCCACAGCUGUGGACAUGUGGUCGGUCGGCUGUAUAUUUGGAGAACUCCUCACACAGAAACCUUUAUUCCCUGGCAAAUCGGAGAUUGAUCAAAUCAACAAGAUUUUUAAGGACUUGGGCUCUCCCAGUGAGAAGAUCUGGCCGGGAUACAGCGAGCUGCCUGCGGUGAAGAAGAUGACUUUCACAGAAUAUCCUUACAACAACCCGCGCAAGCGCUCGAGCGCUGCUGUCCGACCAGGGCUUUGACCUCAUGAACAAGUA